CAAGGCACAGUGGACAUAAAACCGCGGUGCUUGCCCUGACGCGCUGGGUGCAGAGUGCCAGCUGGGGCCCCGCGUUGGAUUCCACUUAGUUUUCGGAGGGUUUGACUGCAUGGUGCCAUAAGUCUCUGGAACACACUCUUAACACACCACCUGACUGAAGGCCUGGUUCUCCCGCAUCCCUUCACUUCUCACCCAAGGUCCUGCAUGUCUAAUAUUUAGACAUGUUCAGCUUUGUGGAUUCAAGGACUGUUCUGCUACUUGUAGCAUCCCAAGUUGUUUUACUAUCCCUGGUCAGAUGUCAAGAGGACGACGAUCAGGCAGCUGGCUGCAUCCAGGAUGACCAGCGCUAUAACGAUAAGGAUGUGUGGAAGCCAGAGCCGUGCCGUAUCUGUGUGUGUGACAGCGGAGCGGUUCUGUGUGAUGAGAUAAUCUGCGAGGAGAUCAAAGAGUGUGCCAACCCUAUCAUCCCAUCUGGAGAGUGCUGUCCCAUCUGCCCUGCUGAUGCCAGUGCCCCCAUUGAGACGUAUGGUGCUCAGGGCCAGAAAGGAGAACCCGGAGAUAUUGCAGAUGUCGUAGGACCCAAGGGACCACUGGGCCCUAUGGGCCCCCCAGGGGAGCAGGGACCACGUGGAGCAGUUGGUGCUAAAGGUGAUAAGGGAAAUGUUGGACCUCGAGGAAGAGACGGUGAGCCUGGCACCCCUGGAAACCCUGGACCUGCCGGCCCACCUGGACCCCCAGGACUCGGAGGGAACUUUGCUGCUCAGAUGGCUGGAGGUUUUGAUGAGAAGGCUGGAGGAGCUCAGAUGGGUGUCAUGCAGGGACCCAUGGGUCCCAUGGGUCCCCGUGGUCCCCCUGGGCCCACCGGUGCUCCUGGGCCACAGGGUUUCCAGGGCGGCCCUGGAGAGCCCGGGGAGUCAGGUCCAUCUGGACCAAUGGGACCUCGUGGACCAUCAGGACCUUCUGGAAAACCAGGAAGCGAUGGCGAAUCUGGAAAGCCUGGCAAAGCUGGUGAGCGUGGACCUGCAGGGCCUCAGGGAGCUCGUGGAUUCCCUGGAACUCCUGGACUUCCUGGAAUCAAAGGACACAGAGGUCAUCCUGGUCUGGAUGGAGCUAAAGGAGAGACUGGCGCCGCAGGAGCCAAGGGUGAGGGUGGUUCUGCUGGAGAAAACGGUUCACCUGGACCCAUGGGCCCACGUGGUCUGCCCGGCGAGAGAGGUCGUCCUGGAGCUGCCGGAUCUGCUGGUGCCCGUGGAAAUGAUGGAUUGCCCGGUCCUGCUGGUCCACCUGGGCCAGUCGGUCCUGCUGGAGCUCCCGGUUUCCCAGGAUCCCCAGGAGCCAAGGGAGAAGCUGGCCCUACUGGUGCUCGAGGAGCUGAAGGACAGCAGGGACCCCGUGGAGAGGCUGGCACCCCAGGAUCUCCUGGACCUGCUGGAGCAUCCGGUAACCCCGGUACUGAUGGUAUUCCUGGAGCCAAAGGAUCCGCUGGAGCUUCUGGAAUUGCUGGUGCUCCUGGAUUCCCCGGCCCCCGCGGGCCACCUGGACCACAGGGAGCAACUGGACCUCUCGGGCCCAAAGGACAGUCUGGAGACCCCGGUCUUCCUGGAUUCAAAGGUGAAGCCGGACCCAAAGGAGAGCUUGGUCCUGUUGGUCUUCAAGGUCCCAAUGGGCCUGCUGGAGAAGAGGGAAAGAGGGGGGCGAGAGGAGAGCCCGGAGCUGCUGGACCACUUGGACCUCCAGGAGAGAGAGGAGCUCCUGGUAACCGUGGUUUCCCUGGUCAGGAUGGUCUGGCUGGAGCUAAGGGUGCUCCUGGGGACCGUGGUGUCCCUGGUGCAGGCGGGCCUAAAGGUGCUACAGGAGACCCAGGACGCACAGGAGAGUCUGGUCUUCCCGGAGCCAGAGGUCUUACCGGUCGCCCUGGAGAUGCUGGUCCUCAAGGCAAAGUUGGACCUACUGGUGCUGGUGGUGAGGACGGUCGCCCCGGCCCACCCGGCCCCCAGGGAGCACGUGGACAGCCUGGAGUGAUGGGAUUCCCAGGACCAAAGGGAGCUAAUGGUGAAGCUGGAAAGUCAGGAGAGAAGGGACUUGUGGGCCGCCCUGGUCUGAGAGGUCUGUCUGGAAAGGAUGGUGAGACUGGUUCUGCUGGACCUCCUGGCCCUUCCGGACCUGCCGGAGAGAGAGGAGAGCAAGGACAGCCUGGACCUUCUGGCUUCCAAGGUCUGCCUGGACCCUCUGGAUCCCCCGGAGAGGGUGGAAAACCUGGAGAUAUGGGUGUUCCUGGAGAAGGUGGAGCUCCUGGUGCUGCUGGACCCAGGGGAGAGCGUGGUUUCCCUGGUGAGAGGGGUGGUGGAGGACCCCAGGGUCUGCAAGGCCCCCGCGGACUUCCUGGAACAGCUGGAAGUGAUGGACCCAAGGGCGCUAUUGGACCAGCCGGUUCUGCCGGAUCCCAGGGACCCCCCGGUCUGCAGGGCAUGCCCGGAGAGAGAGGAGCCGGUGGCAUCUCAGGACCCAAGGGAGACAGAGGUGACAAUGGCCAGAAGGGACCUGAGGGAGCUCCUGGAAAGGAUGGUUCAAGAGGUUUGACCGGUCCUAUAGGUCCUCCUGGCCCAUCUGGACCCAACGGCGCCAAGGGUGAGAAUGGACCCAUCGGCCCCAGUGGUGCCCCCGGCGUUCGCGGUGCUCCUGGCGACCGCGGUGAGCUCGGUCCUCCUGGUCCCGCUGGCUUUGCUGGACCUCCUGGCUCAGAUGGUCAGCCUGGUACCAAGGGAGAGCUGGGUGAGUCCGGACAGAAGGGAGAAGGUGGUUCCCCUGGACCUCAGGGACCGUCCGGGGCUCCUGGACCUUCGGGCCCUACUGGUGUAUCUGGACCUAAAGGAGCACGUGGUGCUCAGGGAGCUCCUGGUGCGACAGGCUUCCCUGGUGCUGCUGGCAGAGUUGGAUCUCCUGGUCCUAAUGGUAACCCUGGCGCGGGUGGUCCUGCGGGUGCUGCUGGUAAAGAUGGACCCAAGGGUGUCCGUGGUGACGCCGGCCCCCCAGGGCGACAGGGCGACCCCGGGCUGCGUGGACCCGGUGGUCUUCAGGGAGAGAAGGGAGAGGCUGGAGAGGAUGGGCCUCCUGGUGCUGACGGGCCUUCAGGUCCCCAAGGUCUGGCUGGAUCUCGUGGUAUUGUGGGUCUGCCCGGUCAGCGUGGAGAGAGAGGCUUCGCUGGCCUUCCUGGACCUUCUGGAGAGCCUGGUAAACAGGGAGCAUCUGGUGGAGCUGGCGACCGUGGACCUCCUGGACCUGUCGGGCCCCCUGGACUCAGUGGACCUUCUGGCGAGCCCGGGAGAGAGGGUACACCUGGAUCAGACGGACCUCCUGGUCGGGACGGAUCGGUCGGGAUCAAGGGAGAGCGUGGAAACACAGGUCCUGCUGGCGCCCCGGGAGCUCCUGGCCCCCCUGGUGGCCCCGGAUCCGUAGGACCUCUGGGCAAGCAGGGAGACAGAGGAGAGUCUGGUGCUCAAGGACCUUCAGGACCCCCGGGAUCAGCUGGUGCUAGAGGAAUGGCUGGACCCCAAGGACCACGUGGAGACAAGGGAGAGUCUGGUGAAACCGGAGAGAGGGGACAGAAGGGACACCGUGGCUUCACCGGUCUGCAGGGUCUCCCCGGACCCCCUGGUCCCGCUGGAGAUUCUGGAACUUCCGGGCCUGCAGGACCAAGCGGCGCUAAGGGACCACCUGGACCCACUGGACCUGCUGGCAAAGAUGGAUCUAACGGACAGUCUGGCCCCAUCGGACCUCCUGGACCUCGUGGACGCUCUGGAGAAAGUGGUCCUGCUGGUCCCCCUGGUAACGCUGGACCCCCUGGUCCCCCCGGCCCACCGGGCCCCGGCAUCGACAUGUCCGCCUUCGCCGGCCUGGGCCAGACGGAGAAGUCCACCGACCCUCUGAGGUACAUGAGGGCGGACGAGGCCUCCAGCUCCCUCAGGCAGCACGACGUCGAGGUGGAUUCCACCUUGAAGUCACUCAACACCCAGAUCGAGAACCUGCGCAGUCCUGAUGGUUCCCAGAAGAAUCCUGCUCGCACCUGCAGAGACCUGAAGCUGUGUCAUCCCGAGUGGAAGAGCGAUGACUACUGGGUGGAUCCCAACCUGGGCAGCGUGAGUGACGCCAUGAAGGCAUUCUGCAACAUGGAGACCGGUGAGACCUGCGUCUAUCCCAGCAUCCCCAAAGUACCAAAGAAGAACUGGUGGACCAGCAAGAGCAAGGAGCAGAAAAGGAUCUGGUUCGGAGAAACGAUGAACGGAGGAUUCCACUUCAGCUACGCCGAGGACGGCCCCGCCGCCAACGCCGCCAGCAUCCAGCUCAACUUCUUGAGGCUUCUGUCCACCGAAGCCUCCCAGAACAUCACUUAUCACUGCAAAAACAGCAUCGCCUACAUGGACCAGGCCACAGGAAACCUGAAGAAGGGCGUGAUUCUGCAGGGCUCCAACGAAGUGGAGAUCCGUCCAGAAGGCAACAGUCGCUUCACUUACAGCGUGUUGGAGGAUGGCUGCAAGAGACAUACAGGCCGGUGGGGCAAGACCGUCAUCGAGUACAAAACACAGAAAACCUCCCGUCUGCCAAUCGUGGACAUCGCUCCUACAGAUAUCGGAGGAGAGGAUCAGGAGUUCGGAGUGGAUGUAGGCGCAGUCUGCUUCUUGUAAAGUGGAGUGUUACAAUGGCUCCCCUUCCCCCCCAAAAAAAACAAAAUGCAGGAAAAAAAAUAAACUCAACCAUGAAGCAUUACACACACUUCCAAUAAAGAAGACUGGAAAUUAAAAAAAAAAAAAAAAGAAAAUUGAUACUUUUUUUUCUCACAACGAAGUGCUCUCCAAGUUGUAGCUCCUGGAUGUUAGCACUGAAGGGCACCGGCAAUAUCUGUACACCACACCAGCAUCCUCUGUCAACCCACUUCCUGAGAUCCAGUCAUGUUUCCCGUGGCCCACUGUUGACGGGAAUGAGCCCGAGCCAUGAGGAAGAGGGACCAAGCCAACAAAGUUAUGGAGAAAACAGAAACAUGGCUCGAUGUCACUUAUUUAUUGUCUAACCUGAGUGGGCAGAGUUUAGAUAGGACUGGACGGGUUUCACUUUUGUAUGUAACACAAGCCCCCUUUCCACUACAGAACAGCCGCACAACCUCUGUCCCAGUCCUACGACACCUCCCUCCCCGCCUCCCUCUCGAUACGGCGUUUUCAAUCAGUGUAGAACGAAAAAAAAAAAAAAAGAAAUAAGAACGAUUCUCAGCCAGUAAAAUUCAUCCGGGUGAUCCAGACCCGUCCAUCACCAAAGCAAAUGCUUUUACUGUGUAUUAUAAACCCUUGGUUCUGUUGUUGUAAAAGUCUGUGUUUAUAAACAACCAGAUGGUUUUAUAUAUAUAUUUCCACAUUAUGUGUGUACAUGUGUCUAUAUGCACACCAACACUUUUUUGGAAAGUGAGGUUUACAUCUGGGAUGUGAGUUUUAAUAUCCCGUACCCCUCAACUGCCCAUCAGAAGAAGACCCAGCUCUCGUUAUAAGAUACAAAAAAAGACAAGGAGGUUAGAAAUAAUUUGAGGGGAAAUUUGUUUCGCUUUUUCCUCGCAGUCAUCCAGAUUGUUUAAAGCUACCUCACGGUGAAAAACAAACUGAAAAUGAGUUCCAAUGUGAGCUGACCAGAUAGAUCUGGGGCUGACAGCCAUCUCUGCUUUGGGUUGCUCUCUCCUCAGAAGGUGCUACGAGACCCCCCCCCCCCCCCCCCCCCUUCAGUCCGCCCUCUCCCCAACGCCCCGCCCGCGCCACCUAUCCUUAAAUCCCACUAGCUUCACACCACACACUCACACUCCACCCUGGAGCAGGGGGGCAGUCGGGGUAAGACGGGGCAGACGGGCCACUUGGAGGCUCCUCUGGACCCUGCCAGCUAAACGAGAGACUCCAAGGACAGUCGCUCCAACACCACCAGGGUGGCUUGUUUCUGUGUGUGUGAGGGCGUGUACAUUUUUUUUGAAUUUAUUUGAUGAUCUUUUUUUUUUGGAUUUAUUUUUUUUUUAUUUUAUUUUGUUGCACCUCUAAUUGAUGUAAAUUGGAAAAUAAAAGGAAAAACUAAUUCAAA